CAGCAUGUGGACAUGGAAAACGCUUAUCUGUGUGGAUACCUGAAAAUUAAAGGCCUUACGGAGGAGUAUCCAACUCUUACAACCUUCUUUGAAGGAGAAAUAAUCAGCAAAAAACACCCUUUCUUAACAAGAAAGUGGGAUGCAGAUGAAGAUGUUGAUCGGAAACACUGGGGCAAGUUUCUUGCUUUUUAUCAGUAUGCAAAAUCAUUUAAUUCUGAUGACUUUGAUUAUGAAGAGCUGAAGAAUGGAGAUUAUGUCUUCAUGAGGUGGAAGGAGCAGUUCCUGGUCCCAGACCACACGAUCAAAGACAUCAGCGGUGCUUCCUUCGCCGGGUUCUACUACAUCUGCUUCCAGAAGUCUGCGGCCUCCAUUGAGGGCUACUACUACCAUAGGAGUUCCGAAUGGUACCAGUCCCUCAAUCUGACUCAUGUCCCUGAGCACAGCGCACCCAUCUAUGAGUUCCGGUGACAACGGUUCAGAACAGCCACCAAAUAAAACUUAACUUGGCAAAAAGAGCUUUGCCAAGAAAAUGUGUACCUGCCAGAACCAGGAGGCCCCGUGUUCCUGGCUCCUCAGAGUAGACUGCACCAGAGAGCAUGAGUGUGAGCCCGCAGACUCUGGGAAACACAGUCGGUGCUGGCAGGGGAAGGGCUCGCUCGCUCUGCCUUCCUCUCUGUGGCAAUUUGGUCUUAAUCUGUUUUAAGCUACCUUAAAUGCACUUUUCCUUCUCGCUCAGCUAACUUCUAUAUCACUGAAAUGCCCAUUCCUUCCUCAUCCCAACCUCGAGCUGAGGAGGACUUCAGCUCCCUGGAUCCCCCUUGGCCUUGGUGCUCAGAGCCAGCUGACUGGCCCAGGCCCUCUCCUCCCCAGUUGCUUGGCCUAGUAACUGAGAGAAGGCAGAGCCCAAGCACACCAAGGCAAGCCCUCAGAGCUCGUGCCGGGAGCUGGGGAGCUGCCGCACUGGGGCUGAUCAGUCUCUGUUCUGAUUGGCGGGUGGGUCAGCUAGCACUGUCCACCCCUGAUGUGAACAGUGUGGCACUGUUGGUC